AUGAGAAGCGUAAAUAUUAUAAUAUUAGGUUUGUUAUUAGCUAGUUUAUUGUCUCUAGUAGUUGUUGAAGCAAAAAAAAAGAAUCCUUAAGAUAAGAGACCUACUCAUAUAGAACCAGAAUUAUAUUGCAAUUCAUGCUAAGCAAUUGUUAGAGAAGUUUUAAAGAAAAUUGGUGAAUCAAGAAAAGAAUCAGAUAUUGCUGAUGCUCUUAGCAAUAUUUGCUCAUAAAGAAACUAUGCUGAGUAUGAAUUCCCCCCACCAGAUAUGGUUAAAGGUUGUCACGCCUUUAUUAGCGGUUGGGAUGAACUUAUUGAGAAAAAGAUGGUCAAUAGAGCUUCAAACGCUGAUAUUGAAAACGAUAUUUGUUUAAAGAGAACAAGAGCUUGCUUAGGAGUAGAUCCUUCAUCCUCAUCUAGGAAGGUUUAAGAAAACCCUGGAUUUGUUAAGAUAAAUGACAAAGAAGUUCCUAUUAGUGCAGAUGGAUAAAUUAAUAUAAAUGGUGCAGAUUUGUGA